AUGACUACCCUGGAAUGGUUCGGCGCCACGACUUUUCGACUGCGUACCCGAGGUGUCACCAUCUUCCUCGAUACCUGGUUGGACAGACCCUCAAUCUUGAAGACUUACCUCUCGGUCGAUGAUGUGCAAGAAGCUGACUACAUCUUCAUUUCGCAUGCUCAUUUCGACCAUCUUCCCGGUGCAGAUCGAAUCGCCAUCAAAACUGGCGCCAUCGUCAUAGCUAACAACGAAGCGAUCAACCUGCUACGAGCAGCUGGCGUUCCAGAACGACAACUUCUUCCUGUUCAAGGCGGCGAGCGGAUUCCGUUAUUCACUCGCGAGACCUGGAAUAAAGCCAAUGCUGACCCAUUAUUGCUCUGCCCCGCUCCUCCUGGUGCACCUCCACGUCCACUGGAUAACCUAGCAGCUUUCUCGGUCGAUGUCUGGCCUUCACUGCACUGCAUGAUGCCUUCAGAUCACCCUGAAGUGGUAGACACAGCAACUGUAUACAAAGGCUCAGCGAGCCCCUAUAGUUGCACGCUUGAUAUCACCAUCGGCAUGAAAUAUGGUCUGCUCAAGAUCGGAGAACUCAUGCCGCCCGAGAAUCUCACACCUGGUCAUCGCUCCUUUAUCGAAUAUGUCUCUGAUCGAAAGCGCAACGUAUUUUCACACAGUGAUGGCGGGCAAUUGAUGUUCAACCUUGUCAUCGGUGAGAAAGCAUUACUUUGGAGCGCUCAUCUUGGAGGGUACGAGGGUAUUCUGCGAGAUUUACAGCCAAAGCCUAAUAUUGCGAUUAUGGCAAUUGCUGGAAGGGCUAAUCUUAACGGUAGACCUUUUGAUGGUUCUGCAGCCGAAUUUGCGGCGUUAGAGGUUGGGUGGCUGGGGAAUCCGUCUCAAGUAAUCUGGUGUUUACAUGAUGAAGCAUGUAUCCCGCCUUGGAGGAUCAAGACUGAAGCAGCGACGAGGGCGGUUGAGGCCAAUGGCAAGACAAAGGUUUUGACGAUGGACUUUGUUAAGCCCGUCAAGUUGGACAUAUAG